UUUUGUUAAUAAAUAAAUUAAAAAAAAAAAAAAAAACAGAAAAGAAAUACACUCUUCUCUUCUUUAACCCCACACCUCUUCACCAAACCCCAAUAACAUCAUCUAAUCCAAAUCCACAUUAAAUUCACCUCAAACUCAAACUCAAAUUCACUACUCUCUCUUUCUCUCCCACCAAAACGAUGUCGUUUGAGGUGGAGGAAGAGGAGGCCUACGAGCACACUCUAUUGGUGGUGCGCGAGGUCUCCGUCUACAAGAUCCCGCCGCGCGCCUCCGCCGGCGGCUACAAGUGCGGCGAGUGGCUCCAGUCCGACAAGAUCUGGUCAGGUCGGAUCCGCGUCGUAUCCCGCCGCGACCGCUGCGAGAUCCGCCUCGAAGAUCCGAACUCCGGCGACCUAUUCGCCGCCUGCUUCAUCUACCCGGGGCAGCGCGAGACCUCCGUCGAACCUUGCCUCGAUUCCUCACGCUACUUCGUCCUUAAGAUCGAGGACGGAAGGGGGAAGCACGCGUUCAUAGGAUUGGGGUUCAAUGAGCGAAACGAGGCAUUUGAUUUCAACGUCGCGCUCUCCGAUCACGAUAAGUAUGUUAGCAGAGAACAGGAAAAGGAAGUCGCCGGCGGCGACGAUGAGUCGCAAAUUGAUAUUCAUCCAGCAGUUAACCACCGGCUCAAGGAAGGGGAAACCAUCAGAAUUAAUGUGAAGCAUAAAGCAUCUAGUGGAACUGGCAUGCUCUCAGCUGCGGGACUAACAGGAGGGCAUGCUGCAACACCAAAGCCAAAGCCAAAAGCCUUGAGUCUUGCUCCCCCUCCGACCGGAGCAGGAAAAAUCAGGUCUCCUCUUCCACCUCCUCCUAAUGAUCCUGUUGCUGCUCGGAUUGCUUCUACCACUCGCAGCUCUGAUCCUAAAUCAACCAAUGAAAGUGUGGGACAUUCCACUGACUCUCUAUCAGAUCUUUCUCAACUGAAGAAAAACCUUCCCUCAACCACCACUUCAGGAUCAACCACAGCUUCAGGAUGGGCAGCAUUCUGAUGAUUAUAUAUAUGAGCAUUUUAACCAAGGCUUUCACUGUUCUCAGAUUUUUUUGGUUCUUUAUUUUGAGAAAAAGAAUCUGGAAGAAACUGAAGAAAAAGCGUGUCCUGUUGAAAAAGUAAUCACAUCAAUACCAAGUAAUUCAAUGUCCUCGAAGAAUGAAAACUCUGGAUAUAUUUAUGUUCAUCCUUUGCUUGUAUUUUAACAGGUUUCGAUGUCUAUAUAAAAGAAUUUACAGUCCCACCCCUCACUCUUUUCUUUUGACCAUGUUGUACCUUUGAUUGUGUUCAGGGGAGUGUUCCUUCUUCUGGCUUAUAUCAUUUUUUAUGCCGUAUAUUAUCAACUCUUCAUCAAUUUGUUAACAUAUGUUUAUAUAUAUGCGAGUGUAUGCUCUCCAAAUUUAAAGGAA